CUCCUUCGGGCCCCAAGAUGAAGGUGGUCUGGCCAAAUAGUAAAACUACAACAAAAUGUCGGGAAUCGCCUGCACAAGGGCUCUUAGUUGCCCUACUAGGGCCUUGAUGGAUGCCAAUGUCAGAAUUUGUGUUGUAAACAACGUGAGUGCCUUUUCACCUUUCCACGUUCCCGACACGUUAGCGUUCCUGCGCCAUGCCCACGUUUCAGUGGACGUCCUCUACUGGGGAAGUCAGGUGAAACUUGCGGUCAAGACCACGUGACAACGCACAGCCAAUGGAAAUAAAGGAAGGUGUGGCUCCAGGUGCAGGUGUCCGACGGCUGCGCAGUUCGCUCAGUAGUUCCACUGUACACUUUAACUACAAUAAAAAAAAGGAACAAACGCUUCAGGAAAAAUACUGUAAUUGAAAAUUGUAGCUCUUUUUUUUAAUAAUAAAGCGGAAGAGGCCUGCGGACAACAUGGGCGCCCUUUUGGUCGCCUUUAUUUUGAUGACCUCGUCUUCGUGGAGCAACUAUGUCCUUGUUUUUGCUCAAGGAUGUGUUGAUGAGAACCAUUUUGAGGAGCGCCUCCUCUACGCAGGGCAACAGGAUCCGCCAUACUGGCUCAAUUGCUCCUUGGAGGCAGUUCCCGGCGCCCAGGCCCGGCUCACCUGGCUGAAGGACUGUCUUCCUCUUGGUGCCCAGCAGGGGAAUUCCUACCUCGAGUUUACAAACGUCUCUUCCGAAACCGGAGGGAACUACACCUGCUUCCAGUCCGGCAACAGCACGGCUUCGUUCACUGUGCGCCUCGUAGUUAAAGAAUCCGAGUGCUCUAAAACUCCAGAGUUCCGGCAAAAUGAGGAUGCGAGCCCAGUCUGGGGCAAGGUGGGAUCCACUGUAAAUCUGAAUUGCACCGUCCUGCUUUCCUGGGAUCUGACUGACAAGCAAUGUGACGCCUCACUGCACUGGACUAAAGACGGCAGUCCUCUGAGCAAAAACUCUGUGCUUUUGCAAAACACCUCUUCAUGGUUACCAGCCACGGGUCAGCUGAUGGUGAGCAGCAUACUGGUGGUCCAGCUUCAGAAGUUGGAGGACUUUGGAUUGUACAGCUGCAAAGUGAGGAACUCUUCCUCUGUCUUCAUUGUGCAGAAAUCAAGAAGCCCAAGCCACACUGCUGCCGUCACCGCAGCCUUCGUCGUCCUUCUCCUGCUGGCCGUGGCCGCCGUCAUCUACACCAAGUGCCACCUGAACAUCAAACUGUUGUACCGUAACUCUUACGGAGACUACGAGAUGAACGAUGGGAAACUGUACGACGCCUACAUCUCCUACGUGAACAACGACUAUGACAGGAAGUUCGUCAACUUUAUUCUCAAACCUCACCUGGAAAAUAAACACGCACAGAAGGUGCAUCUCAACGACAAUGACAUAAUGCCUGGUUCAGAACCUUCCGCGGAGCUUUUAAUGAACUUCAGUCGCUCCCGACAUCUUAUCGUGUUGCUGUCUCACGCAUACCUCGAGCAGGACUGGUGCACCAACAACUUCAGACAGGGCCUUCUGCACUUGUUGGAGUUGUGCCGGCAGCCCAUCAUCAUCAUGCUGGAAGGUCAGCUGAAGCGCGUCAGGCCCGAAAUCAGGCAGCAGCUUAGUGAGCACCAACAUUGUCUCACCGUACUCACAUGGAGGCACAACUCUGUGACUCCCUCCUCCACGUUCUGGAAGGAGCUGGCCUUAGCCAUGCCCCGCAGGGUCGUCUUCCGCAGUGAGUCGGCAGGGGACCCCCAGACGGUCCUACAGGAUGACAAAGACCCCAUGCUGACCUUAGACCCUGACUAUCUGGACUGCCGCUCUGACACGGACCCUGCCGGGGACUUGGGUGUGCGUCUCCCCGUGUACAAAGCCAUGACCUCGAAGGCUCCGGUCCUCCCAGUUACAUCCAAUCGUGUGCAAGAAGCAAAACAUGCAGAUAUAGACGUGUCAGACCUGGGAUCUCGCAACUAUGGAGCCCGCUCAGACUUCUACUGCUUGGUCACUAAGGAGGACAUCUGACAACAGUCUAGACACUCCCCUCCAAUGACCACAAAUCUGAAGAGUCCCAUCUAGCUUUGCUGUCCUGUAUAUUUUUAUGUAUUGGUUGAUUCAAAAUAUCUCUCGUGUCCUUUCGCAUCUAUUGACAUAUCUCAUAAGCAGUAUUUGAAUGCAUUUUUUGUAUUUUGACAUUGACAAAAUAUUUUCCAAUUGCAGUA